GAAAACAGUCAGCAUGGGGAAAUGCAGGAGCACCCUCCGAGAGCGCCUCGCACGCGCCGUCGCAAGACCACCACGCAUCCCAGUGAGUAAGCGGCCGUUCGAGGCAACGGCCCGCCCGUCGCAGCCGAAACAGCCGAACGGCCAGACGACCGACCAGCCAUCCGCCACCGGCCAGGGAACACCCGCUCCGACGCCGCGAACAGCCCGACGGCCGCCAACCAUCCGCCAACGGACCGUCCGCUCACGGCAGGAACGGCUGUACGACCCGGCUCCGGACAACGUGGCCGCCGCUCGCCAAGCCACGCUACUGGCGACCUUCGGCUCGACGCUCUCAGACCUCGACGACGACGACGACGACAACGGAGGCAACAAGGUGACCGCGGAACACGUGACGCCCGCACCGGCACCCAUGCCGGACAUCGCGUCCUUGACCAUCACGGAGCCCAGCGCGGUCCCGCCGGAGGACACCCCGUCAGCACCACCGCCACCAUCGGUGCUGCCGACACCGCCGCCAACGCCACGGCCCACACCACCGCCUACACCGCUGCCAGUGACGCCCAUGCCGCCGCCGACGCAGCCAGCGCUCCUGCUGAUGACGCCGGCACCGCCAUCAACACCACCCGCUCCGCUACCGGCUCCGGGGUAUUUUACCGGACCCCCGCCGCCGGAGAGUACCCCAGCAGCACCACCGCCGCCCGGACCGCCGGUCCCGCCAGCCGUCGCCAUACCCGAUGGGUCCUUCCCUGAGGACGCCCUCCGCACCGUGCCGUGGGACCGCAUCCGCCCAGGACAAAGGUACCGUCACCACGUGCGCGGGCAAAAGAUUGUCAUCCGGCGCCGCCGCGACGGUUCAUGGCUGUUAAAAUAAAGACUUUGUAUUGUA